AUGAGUGAACCACAAGAAGCAGGAGACGUACCUCCAAUCUUGACAUUGGAUCGCCGGUUGUGGAUAGAAGUCAAGGACUCAGAUGAAGAGAUCUUCGAUAUCUACUCUAGGCUCGCUGGAUCAACUGAGACCUCUUCAGGGGCACCAAUCACUUCGGUCGGUCAAAAAUCAGGCAAUGGUCUUGGUUUUCUUGAUUCUUCAUCAUCAGUACUUGAAAUAGAACUCGAAAUCCAUCAACCAAAGGGGGUUAAUUCUCAAAAUGGGUCUGAAGUCACUCUUGAGAACUUUUCAAGUAAGAAGAGAGGAAGAUCUUACAAAUCUAAACCGAAACAACGGGUUUUAGCGACUAGGACUAUUACUGCUCAGCUUCAUCAAGAUAUCUAUGCUAUCAAUCAUAGAAAAGGAGAUACAGGAUCGGUGGUUUGGCGAGCUAGUGUUGACUUUGCUGAACUUUUGUGGUACGAUUUGUUAUAUCCAGCAAAUAGAGGAAUCGACGAACUUUGUGACUCCUUACUCAACAUGAACUUAUUGGUCUCAUCACUACGGAUUCUCGAAUUGGGUUCAGGUACUGGUGCUUUGGCGGUUCUGUGUAACAAGAUGUUUCCAAGUGAUUCUCAGUCUAGUUGGACGGUAUCUGAUCAAUCAAGCUUAUUAUCUACAAUCUCACGAAACUUGACUUUAAAUAAGUUAACACACGUCAAUGAGUUUCAACAUCCUAGUCAAUAUCAAGUUGAAGAAAUAGAUUGGUUAGAGAUUGAAAAAGAUUGGAUGAAGAUUAAUUUGAAACCCGAUUUAGAUGAAAUUCAAUCAAGUUACGAUCUGAUCCUUGCUAUAGAUUGUUUAUAUAAUGAAUCUCUCAUCUUACCUUUUCUUCAUACUUUAGAUCAUAUUGCUAAACCUCAAUCAUCAGACGGUAGAUCGGCUACAUUAGUGUUAAUCGUUUCACAAUUAAGAUCAGAGGAAGUGAUGAGAUUAUUUGUUGAAAGUUGGAUCAAGUUGCCUUUUUGGAAGAUUUUUAGAGUGGAUCUCGAUGGGUUACGUUCAGAUUUGAAACUUGAUCUUUCACACCCAAAAUAUGUGGUUUGGUUUGGUUGGAAGGUGAAGAGUAGAUGA